AUGGCCGCCGCGCUUAAUCGAUUUAUAAGCCGGUCAUCAGAUCGCUGCCGCCCUUUCUUUCAAGCAUUGAAGUCAAAGUCCUCAUGGGAUGACGAGUGUGACCGAGCUUUGGCCGAGCUCAAGGAUUAUUUGUCUUCUCCGCCGCUGUUGGUUACACCAGAGCCCGGUGAGGAACUCUACCUUUACCUUGCCGUCUCCCAGCACGCAGUAAGUGCGGUGUUAGUCCGGGCUGAAGGGAUCAAGCACCUCCCAAUUUUUUACGUAAGUAAGACCUUGCUGCCGGCUGAGACGAGGUACUUGCCGCUGGAAAAGCUUGCGUUGGCACUGAUGAUGGCUUCGAGGAAAUUGGCACAUUAUUUUCACGCCCAUACCAUCGUCGUACUGACCGAGUUCCCCCUAAAGGCCUUGUUUGAGCGCGCAGACUUUUCAAGCCGAAUAUUAAAAUGGGCGGUCGAGUUGGGACAGUUCGAUGUGAAGUUCCAGCCGCGCA